AUAUUGAGAAGGACAAUGAACAACCAUUUUCCAUUUUCACGAUGACUACUUCUUAUUUGUUCCUCUUCUCACUAUCUCUUAUUUCACUCAUAUCUUCAUCAGUUGCAUUGACAAAGCCCCAUACACCUAAACCCAAUAAUGCAUUUAUCCUUCCCAUUGCAAAAGACCCAAUUACCCUCCAAUACUCAACUACUAUUAACAUGGGAACACCUGCAGUUACAUUAGAUCUGGUCGUUGACAUAAGAGAGCGUUUCCUAUGGUUCGAAUGUGACGAGUCAUACAAUUCCUCAACAUACCACCCAAUCCAGUGCGGUACAAAGAAAUGCAAGCAAUCCAAAGGCGCAGAAUGCAUUGAUUGUAUCAACCACCCUCUCAAAACCGGUUGCACCAACCACACAUGCGGCGUCCAACCGUUCAACCCGUUCGGCGAGUUCUACGUUAGCGGCGACAUAGGCGAGGAUAUAAUAUCCUCGCUAAGGGGCACACUUUCCAACGUGAACGUGCCACGUGUCAUUUCUUCGUGUAUAUAUCCAAAUAAAUUUGGUGUUCAAGGAUUUCUUCAAGGCCUGGCCAAGGGUAAAAAAGGAAUAUUGGGCCUUGCAAGAACUUUUAUUUCUUUACCAACUCAACUCGCAACUAGAUAUAAACUUGACCGUAAGUUUACACUAUGUUUACCUUCAACUUCAAAUAGUGAUGGGCUUGGGCUUGGGAGUCUCUUUAUUGGCGGAGGUCCAUAUCAUUUGCCUUCUCAAAAAAUCGAUGCUUCCAAAUUUCUUGAAUACACCCCACUUAUUACUAACCGUCACAGCACUGGUCCUAUAUUUGACAACUUACCUUCAACGGAGUAUUUUAUUAAAGUGAAGUCAAUUAAGGUUGACAACAACAUUAUAAAUUUUAAUAACUCACUACUUUCUAUUAGAAAAAAACUAGGAAUCGGUGGUACAAAACUAAGCACGGUGAUUCCUCACACGAAAUUGCACACUUUAAUAUACAAGUCACUUUUGAAUGCAUUUGUGAAGAAAGCAGAAAUUAGAAAGAUAAAGAGAGUGAAAGAGGUUGCACCAUUUGGGGCAUGCUUUGAUUCAAGAACAAUUGGCAAGAGUGUUACGGGACCUAAUGUGCCUACAAUUGAUUUUGUAUUGAAGGGGGGUGUAGAAUGGAGAUUCUAUGGUGCUAACUCAAUGGUAAAGGUUGGUAGAAAUGUGUUGUGUCUUGGAUUUGUGGAUGGUGGUAAUGAGGAAGUGGGUCCAUGGGAUACUUCCAUUGUUAUUGGUGGACAUCAAUUGGAGGAUAAUCUUUUGGAGUUUGAUCUUGUUUCCUCAAAACUUGGCUUUAGCUCGUCACUUCUACUUAACAAAGCAAGUUGUUCACACUUUAAGGGGUUUUAAUAUUUGACUUUACUUCUACUUUAUUUACACUCCUUAAAUUCAAGUGUAAUAGUCAAAAAAACAAUUCUCAAUGUAAUAAUGUAUGGAAAUAAAUGGUCACCCAGAACAAUUAAUUGGAUGACAAAACAAUGCUUUAGAAACAUCGAAUUUAAUUAUUGUAUUUACAUAGAAAUAUAAAGAUUCGAAUA